CUAGUGUAGAGAUGUCCUGCCCAGGUAUGAAACUAGUGUAGAGCUGUCCUGCCCAGGUAUGAAACUAGUGUAGAGCUGUCCUGCCCAGGUAUGAAACUAGUGUAGAGCUGUCCUGCCCAGGUAUGGAACUAGUGUAGAGCUGUCCUACCCAGGUAUGAAACUAGUGUAGAGCUGUCCUGCCCAGCUAUGGAACUAGUGUAGAGCUGUCCUGCCCAGGUAUGGAACUAGUGUAGAGCUGUCCUACCCAGGUAUGCAACUAGUGUAGAGCUGUCCUGCCCAGGUAUGAACUAGUGUAGAGAUGUCCUGCCCAGGUAUGGAACUAGUGUAGAGAUGUCCUGCCCAGGUAUGGAACUAGUGUAGAGAUGUCCUGCCCAGGUAUGGAACUAGUGUAGAGCUGUCCUGCCCAAGUAUGGAUAGACACUGUUAACCAUCCAGAUCCAAAUGAAUCCAUCCAUAUAUUGUUAUUUCUCUUUCGAGAUGUAAUGAAGUCACUGCAUGUGGACCCAGAGGAGUCUGUGGAGAUUCAUAAGGACGUCAAGGCCAAACACUCCCUGGCUAUUCACUGGGGGACCUUCGCAUUAGCUCAUGAGUUUUACUUAGAGCCUCCAGUGAGACUCAGGGAGGCCAUGGAGAAGAAUGGGUUGAAUGUGGAGCACUUCUUUGUCCUGAACCAUGGAGAAUCCAGAGUGGAGGGGGGAGAAGGAGAAGGAGGGGGCGUUUGACUGAUCAGAUGGGCUACAUUGCCAUAAGCUGCAACAUGAAAGAGUUUGGACUUCUGACAAAGAGAUCUAAGCUUGGCGUUAUAGCGUUUGCCUGGUUAAAGGGCACUGAUGUACAUAUUUGCAACUUAAAAACAAAAAAAAUGUUUUUAAUGCCAAGUGAUAAUGAUUGCACUAUUAAAUACAUUUUUUGUCAA